UACUUCCAUCCUAAGGUCACACUGCAACCAACGUCACCAUGGAUGUGUCGGCUCUUUCGGGACCAAAUUUUAGUCCUGCGGAGUGGAUAAACGCGAAUUACAAGAAGUUUGUGGAAGAGAAUGGACGCGAUGACAGCGAUGCCGCCUCUUCCUUUAUCCGGAGCUACGUGGCCAAGCUACAGCUGUACAUAUUCAACGUAAACAAUGCUGUCGAGGAAUCCAGUCGACAGGUGGUGGCUAGCAUGCCUAGGAUCGCAAAGGAGUCAGCAGCACUCCAAGGGGAUGUCCGUCGGUUGCAGGAGAAGAUGAGUGCCAUGCGUUUGGAGGUGGCUGCGGUGCAAAGUGAAACUGGAGAAUGCAUGGCCACGUUGGAGCGAUUGAAUACCAAAAGUCAGCGCCUCCAAGUGGCCAAGGAGUCGUUGCAGGAGUCAGAUGGCUGGGGAAACCUCCUGGCCGAACUGGAAGAUGGUUUCGAGCGCAAUGAUCUAAAGGGAGUCUGCGACAAGCUUAUAGCUCUGCAAAAGUCCCUGAACGCACAGGAGCAAUUGCCAGGACACGCUGAGCGUCAGACCCAAGUGGAGGACUUCAAGAACCGGUUGGAGGCAUUGGCUUCGCCCAGUGUGGUUCAGUGUUUUGCCGAGGGUAACACUGAGCAGGCACAGCACUAUGUGCAGAUCUUCACCAACAUUCAGCGAUUGCCGCAAUUGCAGCAAUAUUACCGUGCGGUCCAGAAGAACUUUUGGCAGCAACAAUGGAAGCAAACUUUGGAGCUGCAGGGCACGGAAACCCAACCGCAGCAGCAGCAGUUUUUAACUUUGUAUUACGACCAGUUACUGGAGCAUUGCCAACGCCAGGUUAAAUGGUGCUCCAAUCUUUUCGGCGAGGACUCUUCUCAGCCUUUUCUUGUGAUUGCCGAGCUAUUACCAGCACUACAACCCACUCGAGAUGCCCACAUUCUACAGCUUUUAAAAACCUCCAAUGAAAGGUUGGAGAUGUUGGCCUCGUUUGCCCAGGUUAAUCACAGUUUUGUGCUGCAUUUGAACUCUUUGCUGGAGCAGUCACACAUUACUUUGUCCGAGGAGCUGCACCGCCUUCUAGGCGAGGCCAUUUUUGAGUAUUUCCACAAGUUCAUCCAACAAUAUCCACGCUUGGAAGAGACCCAACUUUCUACGCAGGUGGAUCGUCUCUCGUCCAACCAGGCCACUCCCAGCGAUGGUGUGCGUCAUCUUGAGGAAAGCACCCGUAAACUUUACGAAUGGUUAAAGGAAGCCUGCGGACGUUGUUCCUCUAUAACAAGUGAUCUGGCCCUCUGCAAACUUAUAACUCUUCUAAACGGCAUCUUCAAGCGGCAGCUUGAGAACUUUGGACGCAUUCAAAGACAGAUUGGACUCAGUCUGGGAUCCAGCAGCUAUGCGGCGCAGAGUGAAAACUGGUCCCUGCUGCAGUACACCAUGUCGCAGUUGCAGUGUCUGGCCGACUUUCAGGUCCAGCUACAUCAAUUUGAACAAGAUUUGCAUACACGCAUGGUGACAUUAUCCAACAAGCUGGCCAAGCCGACUAACCGGGGUCCCAUCACAAUUUUCCAGACAUGCGAUCACGCAGCUCGCACCCAGCUGUUGAACAGCAUAGCUGACUAUCAGCAAAAGAAGUCGGAGGCCACCGACAGCCUUGGUAUCUUUCCACAGAUAUAUGCCACUUUGAAGAGUCAUUUUACCGAUACACAUGACAUAACACUCAAUAUAUUACUGCAACCUAUUGAGACGCACCUGGCACACAUUCGCCCGCCUUUGCAAGAUCACGCUGCGGCGGGCAUCGAUAUGCCUUCGUUCAGCUUUGCUCCCCAAGAAAGCAUCACGCAAAUUGGUCAGUACCUACUCACCUUGCCACAGCACUUGGAACCGCUACUGUUAUCGCCUUCGUCGUUGCUAAAGCAAGCUCUUGAGGUGUGCAACAUUAAGUAUACACAAGCCAUUCCGUGUGCCGAUGUCCUACUUUCCCUGGUCGUGGAACAGUGCUGCGUUUUGUACCAGGCCCAGAUACUGCAAAUCAAGUCGUUGCCAGCCUCCUCGGCCACUCAGCUCAGUGUGGACAUUGAGUACCUCUCCAACGUCCUGGAGGAGCUUGGUCUGUCCAUCAACCUGCAGUUGUCGCAAAUACUGACACUACUUAAGGCCGCUCCAGAUCAGUAUCUAACCCUCAGCAGUGGAUGCGAACCACGUCUGGUAACGGCCAUUCGACAAAUGCGCAAUAUUAUAUCCACACAGUAGAUAUUUGAGCACAUAUUCAAAAUAUAUUUAUAUAAACUAUUUAUACUGCUUAAAAUUAACUAUUAAAUAUUACUAUAAUAUAAUUGCGAAUUUCAAAUUGUAA